CCAGAGGGCGUGGAGCUCGAGGGGCGGUGAAAUAGCCGCUGUAGGUCCGCCUCUUUCAUUGAUGAAAUUUAAGUUCGUGUGUUUUUACCUUUUCCGGGAGACUCCUGCUGGUUCUUGUUGGUGUCCAGGAUCGCAGCGUAGCCGGGAGUUCCCAAGGCCGACUUAAUUCGCAAGUUUCUGUGUUUGGGAAUCGGAGGGUUCCCCAGGUGUACAUAUAUAUUCUUGUAUAUAUGUAUGUAUAUUUGGAGCAAGUUUUAUUCGCUUGAAUAAAGACUUUCUAAGUAGUGAAACACAGGAGGAGAAAGAACUCGUCGGUUGUUAAAGCCAAGAGAGAAGGAAGAGGGACCUGCCGAUAGUGUGACUGCUAGAAAUUAAAAAUAUAUAUAUUAUAAGUCAGUAUAUUAAUAACAUUCUUACAAUGUCGAGAUUUGUGCAAGAUCUUAGCAAAGCGAUGUCUCAGGAUGGCGCUUCUCAAUUCCAAGAAGUCAUUCGACAAGAGCUAGAGUUAUCAGUGAAGAAGGAACUAGAAAAAAUACUUGCCACUGCACCAUCACAAGAGCUUGAGCACACUAAAAAGGAUCUUGAUGGAUUUCGGAAGCUAUUUCAUAGAUUUUUGCAAGAAAAGGGACCUUCUGUGGAUUGGGGAAAAAUCCAGAGACCUCCAGAAGAUUCAAUUCAGCCCUAUGAAAAGAUAAAAGCUAGAGGCUUGCCUGAUAAUAUAUCUUCUGUGUUGAACAAAUUGGUGGUGGUGAAACUCAAUGGUGGCUUGGGAACCAGCAUGGGCUGUAAAGGCCCUAAAAGUUUGAUUGGAGUGAGGAAUGAGAAUACCUUUUUGGAUCUGACUGUUCAGCAAAUUGAACAUUUGAACAAAACCUACAAUACAGAUGUUCCUCUUGUUUUAAUGAACUCCUUUAACACGGAUGAAGAUACAAAAAAAAUACUACAGAAGUAUAAUCAUUGUCGUGUGAAAAUCUACACUUUUAAUCAAAGCAGGUACCCAAGGAUUAAUAAAGAAUCUUUACUUCCUGUAGCAAAGGAUGUGUCUUAUUCAGGGGAAAAUACAGAAGCUUGGUACCCACCAGGUCAUGGCGAUAUAUAUGCCAGUUUUUACAACUCUGGUUUGCUGGAUACCUUUUUGGGAGAAGGCAAAGAGUAUAUUUUUGUGUCUAACAUCGAUAAUCUGGGUGCCACCGUGGAUCUUUAUAUUCUGAAUCAUCUAAUGAACUCACCCAAUGGAAAACGUUGUGAGUUUGUCAUGGAAGUCACAAAUAAAACACGUGCAGAUGUAAAGGGUGGGACACUCACUCAGUAUGAAGGCAAACUGAGACUGGUGGAAAUCGCUCAAGUGCCAAAAGCACAUGUUGAUGAGUUCAAGUCUGUAUCAAAAUUCAAAAUAUUUAAUACCAACAACCUAUGGAUUUCUCUUGCAGCAGUUAAAAGACUGCAGGAGCAGAAUGCCAUUGACAUGGAAAUCAUUGUGAAUCCAAAGACUUUGGAUGGCGGCCUGAAUGUCAUUCAGUUAGAAACUGCAGUAGGAGCUGCCAUUAAAAGUUUUGAGAAUUCUCUAGGUAUUAAUGUCCCAAGGAGCCGUUUUCUACCAGUCAAAACCACAUCCGAUCUUUUGCUUGUGAUGUCAAACCUCUACAGCCUUAAUGCAGGCUCUUUGACGAUGAGUGAAAAACGGGAAUUUCCUACAGUGCCCUUGGUUAAAUUAGGCAGUUCUUUUACAAAGGUUCAAGAUUAUCUACGAAGAUUUGAAAGUAUACCAGACAUGCUUGAAUUGGAUCACCUCACAGUCUCAGGAGAUGUGACAUUUGGCAAGAAUGUUUCAUUAAAGGGAACGGUUAUCAUCAUUGCAAAUCAUGGUGACAGAAUUGACAUCCCACCUGGAGCAGUAUUAGAGAACAAGAUUGUUUCCGGAAACCUUCGCAUCUUGGACCACUGAAUGAAAAAUGUGUAUACUUUAUACUAAUUAUGGGCUAAAUAGUUUCUUACAAUGAAAUAUCCUCUAGGAUUCUAAAAUAGGCAGGUACAAUACUAUGUUACUGUACCCUACAACAUAGAUUUUUGAGGAGUUUUCUUCAGUAUGCUGUUAGUCUAAGAAAAACACAGAUGAAGCAAUACUUUCCUUCUUUGAAGAGGGUCCUGAAAGUUAGUUAAUCUUAAAGUGCAAUAUUGUUUAAUCAUAAAACUGGGGCAAUCUCUGCUGGAAGUCCUUUGAAGCCUCAAUGACAGUCACUUUGAUUGCUUGUGAUUUCAAAAAUAAACUGGUGAAAUAUUA